CACCCCUUUUCAUGUUAUGAUGUCUUGCAGACCCACCUUUUUAUUUCACCACGGUACCCGUUAGUAGUAAACUAUAAUUGUAUCUUUCCACCAGCCCUGUAACGCGUCCUACGUAGUAAACGCUGGUUAAGAAGCAAACAUGGCUGCCCAGUGUGUAACCAAGGUGGAACUGACGGUGUCUUGUAACAAUCUCCUGGACAAAGACAUCGGCUCCAAGUCUGAUCCCCUGUGUGUCCUGUUAAUGAACAGCUCUGAAAACCAGUGGUAUGAGGUCGGCCGCACAGAGAAAGUCCAGAAUUGCCUCUGCCCGAAGUUUUCCAAAAAGUUCAUCAUUGACUAUUACUUCGAGAUUGUGCAGAAACUGAAGUUUGGGAUUUAUGACAUUGACAACAAGACGAUUGACCUGAGUGAUGAUGACUUCCUGGGUGAGCUGGAGUGCACCUUGGGCCAGGUUGUGUCCAGUAGGAAACUAACCAGACCUCUCGUCUUGAAGAAUAAAUCCCCUGCAGGAAAAGGGACCAUUACAAUCAGCGCUGAAGAAAUAAAAGAUAACAGGGUAGUGAAUUUUGAAGUUGAAGCGAGGAAACUUGAUAACAAGGAUUUCUUUGGGAAGUCGGACCCGUACCUGGAAUUCUACAAACAGACAGAAACUGGAUGGCAACUGGCUCACAGGACAGAGGUGGUGAAGAACAACCUGAAUCCAACAUGGAGACCUUUUCGAAUCCCACUGCAGUCUCUCUGUGGAGGAGAAAUGGACAAACCCAUAAAAGUUGAAUGUUACGACUAUGACAGUGACGGCUCACACGAUCUGAUUGGAAUCUUCGAAACCACAAUGACACGUCUGCAGGAAGCGUCACGCAGCUCACCGGCUGAGUUUGAAUGUAUCAACAGUAAAAAGAAGCAGAAGAAGAAAGGCUACAAGAACUCUGGUGUUGUGAGCGUGAAGGUCUGCCAGGUUGUGAAAGAGUACACUUUCCUGGAUUACAUUAUGGGAGGCUGUCAGAUCAACUUCACUGUGGCUAUCGACUUUACGGGCUCAAACGGGGACCCUAGGUCUCCUCAGUCCCUGCACUACAUUAGUCCUCAGGGAGUCAAUGAGUACCUCACUGCUAUUUGGUCUGUUGGAAAUGUCAUCCAGGACUACGACAGUGAUAAGAUGUUUCCUGCUUUUGGCUUUGGAGCUCAGAUCCCUCCAUCAUGGCAGGUUUCACAUGAGUUUCCUCUGAACUUCAACCCAUCAAAUCCAUUUUGUGCAGGGAUUGAAGGGGUGGUGGAGGCCUACAGGGUGUGUCUUCCUCAGGUCAAACUCUACGGUCCCACCAACUUUUCUCCCAUUAUCAAUCACGUGGCCAGCUUCGCCAACCAAGCCCUGCAGCAGACCACGGCAUCGCAAUACUACGUCCUCCUCAUCAUCACCGACGGCGUCAUCACAGACAUGGAUCAGACCCGCAGCGCCAUCGUCAACGCCUCCCGCCUGCCCAUGUCCAUCAUCAUCGUGGGAGUGGGAGGGGCGGACUUCAGCGCCAUGGAGUUCCUGGACGGAGACGACGGAAGCCUGCGCUCUCUGACCGGCGAACCGGCCAUGAGAGACAUCGUCCAGUUUGUCCCAUUCAGGCAGUUCCAAAACGCUCCUCGGGAAGCGCUCGCAAAGUGUGUGCUGGCAGAAGUUCCUGGUCAGGUGGUGGAGUUUUUCAACACCUUGAAGCUGACUCCACCCAACUCCAACCCUGCACCAACCUCUGCAGAGACCAUCUGAUUCUACAAGAACGAGGCCAGACGACACACAGUACACAACAGUACAGGAAUACUUCAGUUUUAUACCACACAGAUGGUCCAUUAGCUCGUACUUUCCCGACUUGAUCCCGUAUUCCAACAUCCUCGACGACGUCCCAACACGUGCCAUGUUCGUGUCAAAAUAGAUUUAGCUGUUGGUAGAUGUUAACACCAGUUUGUCCUGAUUUUAUCUGUAUAUCUGUUGAUCUGCAGCGUAAAAACUAAAGAAACCAGCAUGGCCAUGAAAUGAUUCCAUGAAUAAGCAAUGCACUCUUAUAUUAAAAAACAAAAAGGCAAGGCAAGUUUAUUCGUAUAGCACAAUUCACACAUAGGGUAAUUCAAAGUGCUUUAUGAAAAAUGCAAGAAUAAAGAUAAAAAAGUAAAAUACUUAAUUUUUGAUGGAAUAUUUAAAGAAAAAAUAAGAGUAAUGCAGAGCUAAAAAGAAAUGUUUUCGGCUCAGACUUAAAAAUGAUUUUGUCUAAUAUUACAGAGAAUGUUCCCGAUUUUAGCUGCAUGAAACCAAAACGCUGCUUCUCCCUGUUUCGCCCACUUACUUAAAAGUCAAUUAAAACAGUGCAACAGAUCCAUAUGAGUUCAUCCUAUGCAUUCAUAAAGCUUACAUAAUGAAUUCAGUAUUAUGUUUAGGCUACUUUCACACUUCAAAUCUCAGUUCUUUAUCCAUUUUUUUUUUUAUUAUUACUUGGCUGCUGUUGAAAUGUGCCCUUAAUCAGAUUCCAGUCUGAAGUGUCCACAUUGUGAACUGACCCACAUGCACAACAGAGCAACAACACAACAUCCCAAAGCACACUGAGGCAGCUGAAGUCUGAUUUAUAUAAUGAUGGAAACUCAGACUGGUUCCAAUACCUCACUGGCUACCGCCGUCAGAGCAUAUUCCAUAUCAGUUUUUAUAUUCCAGGAUGUAAAUGUAACGUGCAUUAAUUCUGGUGAGAAAAAGCCAAGAUUUGUCACAUUCACAACUUCAUGUGGGAGUGGAUUUGUUCAACAGAUAUGUUGCAUGAAAAAGGGAAAAAAAGUGUAGAUUUUUGCCACUUUUGCCUGUAGUCUGAACAUAGCCAAAGAUUAAGAAGGAGCUGAAAUUAUGUGGAAAAACUCCAAAACUUGCACCUGAAUCUGCAGGUCUUGGGUCCACGUAAAAAAA